AUGGAAAAUGUGUUGCUGGCUACUGAGAUAGUUAAGGAUUACCAUAAGGAAGACAUCACUCCAAGAUGUGCAAUGCAGAUUGACAUUUCAAAAGCUUUUGAUUCAGUUCAUCCAAAUAAAUGGAGAGCUUGCAGGCUACUUUGGGAGCACAAGGGGAUUAAGACAGGGCUGUUCUCUAUCCCCAUACCUGUUUAUGAUCUGUAUGAACAUUCUUUCAAAGCAGCUAUGGAGGGGAAGAUUGGAUACCAUCUUGCUUGCGAAAACUUGGCUUUGGGUCACUUCUGCUUUGCAGAUGAUCCCAUGGUUUUUGUGAAAGGUUAUAAACUGUCCAUCGUUGGAAUCCUUCAGGUUUUCGAGGAGUUUGCUAAGCACACAGGUCUCCACAUCAGCAUUGAGAAGUCAACGGUAUACAUGUCGGGAAUCCCAGAUGUAGUGAGAGCGGAGAUCCUUCAGGAAUUCCCUAUUGAACAAGGAACCCUGCCUUCUGGUCAGGAACGAAAUGGUAAGAGGGCAAAGGUGGAUUGGAGUGUGGUAUGUACUCCAAAACAAGAAGGAGGGCUCGGCCUGAAAGCUUUAAACCAAGUCAACAAGGUCUGUAUGCUGAAAUUGAUAUGGAGGAUUAUGUCUGCAAGGGACUCGUUAUUGGUUAAUUGGGUUCAAAGGCACCUCAUAGGAAACGGUUCGAUAUGGAGAAUCAGGGACUCAACAACGCUGGGAUCAUGGAUCUGGAAAAAGAUCCUUAAAUAUCGAACUACGACAAUAAAUCUCUACCAGUUGGAUAUUGGGGAUGGGGCUCGGACAUCCUUUUGGUUUGAUAAAUGGAGUAAGUUAAGCUAUUUGUUUGAUAUCUUCGGAGAUAGAGGAGUCAUUGAUCUGGGGAUCCCUUUACAUGCUUCUCUGGAAUCGGUCUGGAACAGAUACAGAAGGGGAAGUAAUAGAAACGCUUUACUCAGGCAAGUGGAAGAGGAAAUUAAGGAGAAGCAGAGGCAGCAGAUACUUCAUGACGAAGAUGUUGCAUUAUGGCGUGGAAAAGGAGAUACUUUUAGAUCGACUUUCAGUUUAAAAGACAUAUGGGAGAAAUUUUGA